AUGUCUUCUCACAAGACCUUCAGAAUCAAGAGAUUCCUGGCCAGAAAACUAAAACAAAACUGCCCUAUUCCUCCAUGGAUCCAGAUGAAAACUAGUAAUAAAAUCAGAUGUAGCUCCAAGAGGAGACAUUGGAGAGGAACCAAGCUGAGUCUAUAA